CUAGUUCAUACAAGUCCAUCAAGUUGUGUAGAUCGGAGAAAGGCAUUUUCACGGAAAGUUGUAGGGAAAGAAGGAAUAUGACAAUCACAUAUGUAACGGCUGGUCCGGAUGGCGUAGAUCCAAAUGCAUUUACAAUUAAGAAUCGAGAGGAAAUAUAUAUUCCUAAGGCACCUCCUCCACAGCCACCGUUACAAAGGGGUUCAACCAUUACCAAUCUAGGAUCCUUACGACAAGUCAACAAGCAACUUAAUGUGGCCUGUGCAGUGUUUUUUCUCUUUGUCUACGGCGGCAUGGACUUCGCCCACAGUGCGGGUUGGAAUCAGACCCUGAACACCACCGCCACGCAGGUUUUCAAAUGCAGUUGGUUUAUUGGAGUUUUGGCUGGAGCUGCAGUGGCCUCCCUGGCUAUGACCUUUCUGCCGAAGAUGACCUUCUAUGUCCUUGGGGGCAUAAUGCAACUCAUUGGAUCGAUUAUUUUCACCUGUGCCCCCUUUCAUUACGGAUGCCUUCUGGCCGCUCGAUAUGUGGCCGGAGCAGGAAUUGGAUUGAUCACGGUACCCUUCCUUAUCCAUAGUGCCGAAGUGGCCUCGGAUAACUAUCGGGGAGUCAGUGGAUCAAUGGAGCAGUGUGGCCUGGCUUUGGGCAUUGCCAUUCAGGUUAUCUACGACACCCAAUGGGUGGAAGACAAGGAGGCAUCAGUCAACGAGGUUCAUGGGAUCAUUGGUAUAGUGUUUUCCCUACUGGGUCUUGGGAUGACAGCCCUGUCGAUAGAGUCGCCCAUCCAUCACCUUCGACGCAAUCAAGAGGAGAAGGCCCGCGAAUGUCACAAGAAACUAUUGGGAAGCUUCAACAUUUCAGAAGACCUGGCAUUUGAGGAGGUAAAAUACUACGUGCAAGAGAGCCAGAAGAGGACCUUCUUCCAGGAGCUUUGGAGCUCAGUGGUGCCCUUCAUAAAACUGCUGCUCUACCGCGGCUUCGUGGCCUUCUCAUUUUCCCUGCCCCUCUCCGAAUCCCUGAUCAAGAGUACGCUCCAGACCGAGGGAUAUAUCUCUUGUUGGCCAGUGACCGUUUGGGGAAUGGUCCGUCUCCUUGGAGCUCUGGUCGCCCAGGGAUUUCUGGACAAGAUGGGACGCAAGCUUCUCUCACUCGUGGGUUUACUCUGCAUGGCCAUCCUAAUGCUCUGCAUGGCUGUCUCCUAUGCAGAUCCCGCCAAUGUUCUCCUCACCUACUAUAUGAACCAGGUGUGGAAACUAGGAGUGGCUUUCCAGGCCUUCGCAGGACUCUUCGUCUGCAGCUCAUCGGUCUACCUUGGCGAAGCCUUUCCCAUGAAAGUAAAGCCCUUGCUGGUGGGAUACAUCGUGGGCUUCGAACAGACGGUUCACAUCAUCAAUAUUGUCGGCUACAAUCGGGGAUCGGAGACUUUCUUCUACCACUACUACUUGUCGGUGGGAAUCAUCCUGUUUGUUGGCGUGAUUUUCUUUGGACUUGUAAUUCCAGAAACUAAGAAGAUAACACUGCGUGAUGCCGGAAAACGAUUCCAGCGUUGGCACAAUAUUAGAUUAUUUUAGUGAAUCAAAAUUCAAAAUAAAUA